CUGACACACAGAAGGUUGCAGCAGAAGGACAAAAGCACUGAAGUUCAGCUUGUAUACCUGUAAAUGUUUACAGUUUGUUAUUUUAUUGAAAAUCGAUAGCUAACUUUACGGCACAAUGGCAGUUCCUCCUUCAUAUUCUGACCUGGGUAAAGCAGCGAAGGACAUCUUCAGCAAGGGCUAUGGCUUUGGAAUUGUUAAGUUGGACCUUAAGACCAAAUCGCAAAGUGGAGUGGAGUUCAACACCUCUGGUUCUUCUAAUAUGGACACUGGCAAGGCCGGUGGAAGUUUGGAGACCAAGUACAAGCUGAAGGACCUUGGUCUAAGCCUCAACCAGAAGUGGAACACAGACAACACUCUGACCACAGAACUUUCAGUAGAAGACCAGCUAGCAAAGGGCUUGAAGGUGGCUCUUGAUACGUCCUUUGUACCAAACACAGGCAAGAAAAGUGGUAAACUUAAGAGUGGCUACAAGCGGGACUACAUCAACCUGUCCUGUGAUGUUGACUUUGAGGGCCCUGUUGUUCAUUCUGCAGCAGUUCUGGGUUACAUGGGCUGGCUGGCUGGGUAUCAGAUUGCGUUUGAUACAGCCAAGUCCAAACUGGUGCAGAACAACUUUGCUUUGGGCUACAAGGCUGGAGACUUUCAGCUACACACCAAUGUAAAUGAUGGAACUGAGUUUGCAGGUUCUGUUUACCAAAAAGUAAACAAUCAGCUGGAGACUGCAGUCACUUUGGCAUGGACCGCUGGUAGCAACAACACACGCUUUGGUAUUGCUGCCAAGUAUCAGCUGGACAAGGAGGCCUCUUUGUCUGCCAAGGUGAACAAUGCUAGUCUGAUUGGAAUUGGUUACACUCAGAGUUUGCGACCAGGAGUGAAGCUGACGCUCUCUGCGCUCAUCGACGGCAAGAACUUUAACACUGGAGGGCACAAGUUUGGACUGGGCUUUGAACUCGAAGCCUAGGUGCUCUUGUAGUAGGAAGACCAAAAAGAGGUCACCUUAUUGUAGUAGUAUUUAUUUUUCACUUUCCAAUGGCAGCAUACACAAGCAUUUCCUUCCAUGUUACCUUGUUUGAUAUUAGAGACUCGGUGCACAUUUAGGUGAUGCACAUCCAACCUUUCAGCUCCACUGACCUUUUAGAGUGAACAAGCCCUGAUAAUAAAUGGUCCACUAUAUCCCGA